AUUUCUCCACAUGGGUGGUCGCGCUUUUCUCCAAAACCCAGCCUUUACGUCGAGCUCUUUCCCUCGUCUCCCCCCUGAGCUCUACUUUGAGCUCAGGGACUUCUACCUCUCCGCACUCAAACCUUUGUACGAGCGUGUGGAGAUACCAGCGGAGCCGCCAAGCAAAGCUGACUACGGAGACAUAGACUUCCUCGUGCUCGGACCGAUCGCCCGUAACGCGAGUGACGACGGCAGUAAUCAUGAAGAUAUCAAACGCGCACUCGGUGCUGUGGAUGUGUUGGCUAUGUCCGAAAAUAGGACCUCGAAUUAUGCUGUCCCUCUCAAGAGGAACCAUCAUAGGUCCUGCAACUUUGCGUCAUCGGACGGGCAGAAAUACGUCCAGGUCGACGUUCAUGUUUGCGCUUCGGAGCUUGAGCUUCGGAACAUACUACUUAUUCAUGGGUAUGGCGACCUCGGAAUGAUCAUUACAGCCACAGCGAGGGCUUGUGGCCUUUCUAUUGGAACGAAAGGGAUGAAGAUGACAAGUCCACACCCGAACCCACCUACCCUUCUCACCUCGUCUGCGUCAGAAGCAUUCGAAUUUAUGGGUCUCUCAUUGAGCACUUGGGAGAAAGGCUUCACCACCCAGGAGGCCAUCUUUCGCUUCGCCGUAACAUCACGGUUCUUCGCUUUCGCAAAGCUUGACACGAGCGGAAAUCAUAAACUGGGCGAAGAGCGCACAAUGUACGGAGAAUUCUUGAGUUGGGCACGCAUCCAUGCCACCUCUCCAGGGUGCUCAAAAGACGUCGAAGAGGUGAAGAAGGAAGCGCUAGAACAUUUUGGAAAGAAGGGCGAGUGGGACGCGAUGGUCAGAGAUAAGCAUGAGCGAGAGUGGCUGAAGGGGCAUUUCAAUGGACGCUUAGUCCAAGAGUGGACCGGGCUCAAUGGGAGAGGAAUCAAAAUGGUCAUGGAUAAGAUAAGGUCUGAUGCCGGCGGUGAGCGUAUGCUGGUGAACAAGGACAGUGCGGAGCUCAUCACGCUUGCUCAGGAGGCCAAGGCGCAGUUAUAUUUGCGCUAGCGGGAUUAGCACAGUUUGUCAGUUUGUUUGAGGUUUAACGCUAGCUUAUUGCAAAGUUCAGUUUACCAUACGUAGGGUAUGAGCCUGUAAGGGACCCUCCGCUUAUACUCUCGAUAAGCCGUCGCAGUGUCUGUAUCUUUGAGAAUAACAUCCUCCUCAAUAGGCAUUUUGAUAGCGAAGGCGAGAACAUUGAAAGGUAACGCUUACAAGGGAACAUAGGACCAGUACAUGGACGAAUACAUGACGGUCUGAGCCAAUGCAGCAAGAUAGACUGGGUGUCUGACAAAUGAAAAUGGCCCGGUAGUCACCACUUUGGCAUUCUUGCGGCGCCCGAGCGAGUGCCACUGCGAUCCCAGAUGCUCAAACGUCAGGCGAAUGAACAUUUCGAUCAGCAGCGAUACGGCACAUGCGCCACCUCUGAUGAGGGUUCUCUGCUCCGCUGACUCCACAAUUCCUGGCAGCCCUGCCUCGAGCAUCCAGCUGGGCUGCUGAAACUCACUGAUUGUGAUGGCCAGCACGAAGGUCAAGACAGGAGCAAAGGAUGCGACCCCAUGCAUCGGACCGGCAAGACGGACCCAGAACGAAGUUGGGAUCGUUUCGGGGCGCACGGGGCCUGCCAGGGAUUCGGCGACAGCCUUGCACUCGCGUACGCUGGCCAUAGUGCGGUAUGUUACCCAGACUGUGGUCGCGACUGCGACAGCGUCCAUAUAUUUGUACAUCUCAGAAAGCUGGAAGCCUGAGAGAAGCAUAGUUGAGAAUAGUGCAAGGAAUAGUGGGCUGGUCACUGAGUAGACACCUG